AUGAGUUUAUGGCUGCGUAGAGACAUCUUGCUGUGAUUAUGGAUGGAAACAGGAGAUGGGCGCGUACACGCAAUUUGGAAGUGGUGGAAGGGCAUCGAAGAGGCUCUGAAGUAUUUCGAGAGUCCAUCAAAUGGUGUAUUGAUUUGGGGGUUCAGGAGUACACCGUUUAUGCCUUUUCUUGCGAGAAUUGGAAUCGUUCAAACAAAGAGGUUGAAGAUCUAAUGACUCUCUUCAAUUUGUAUAUGGGAAAAGUGAUAGAGUCCAUGAAGAAAGAUAAGGACAGUAUUUACAAUGCUUGCCAACUUCGUUUCAUCGGGAGACAUAUCCUUUCGUCUUUCUUUUUGUGUUUUCUUCAUAUACACGAGAUCGGCUUUCCAAAGAACUGGUUAGCAGAAUGGAGGAAAUGGAGGAGUUCACGCGUCAAAACACCACUCUGA